AGUGCCGCCGGAAGGCAUCGGCUUGGAAGAGCCAUGACUGGGACCAACGAGGAUCCCAGCGAGAGCAACACUGCCCCGGCCGCCCCAGCCGCCCCGGCUGAGCCUGCUCACGAGGCAACACCAGAGGCCCCGGCCGCCCCAGCCGCCCCGGCUGAGCCUGCCAACGAGGCAACACCAGAGGCCCCGGCCGCCCCUGCCGCCCCGGCUGAGCCUGCUCACGAGGCAACACCAGAGGCCCCGGCCGCCCCAGCCGCCCCGGCUGAGCCUGCCAACGAGGCAACACCAGAGGCCCCAGCCGCCCCAGCCGCCCCGGCUGAGCCUGCCCACGAGGCAGACGCGGCACACGCUGAGGGUGUUGUGCAAAACGCCUUGGCCGAGCAUGCCAAGCAGGUCGUGGAGUCACAGACGGUUGGGGACGCGUUGACGCAGCAUGCGUACGAGGUGAACUUUGAGCAGGCCAAUGCUGCCGCAGAUGCUCCCGCGCACAACCAGGAGCCUCCAGAUGCGGCUGAUGCAGUCGCUCAGGUGUUGGAUGAGGUCAAUCGGCACCAGGAGAUCGUCUCCAAAGCCUUGGCGGAGCACUUGCAACAGGUGGCGAGCCAGGAUGCCGUGGACAAGGCUCUGGCAGACUUGGAAGCACAAGAAGCGGCGGAGGUUGAAAAAGUGGUCACCGAGGCGUUGGAUGAGGAGCGUACUCAGGAGGACAUGUGGCAAGCUAGCUACUCCCAAGACUCCUUCCACACCGCGUCGCCUAAGACCAUGAACCGGAGCUCCCGAAGUUUGCCCGGAGGGGCCUCGACGUUCUCCUCGCGCGAUGACAUUAAGAGCCGCUUGCAGUUCUCCAGCAUGACGGAUGGUGGGGUGAAGAAGGGGCCCACCUUCAUGCACGUGGCCUCAAACCACAAGACGGGAGCAAGGUGGACCUUUGGGCAGAAGGGGCCCAGCACCUUCUUCAGCAGUAGUUGUUCUCCAGCCCCUGGCGCCUACAAUCUGCCUGGUGGUAGCGGAACUACUGGCGCGAGUGCGGGAACCAGCAAGUACAAGUCGCAGCCCAAAUUCACCUUCGGUGGCGGCUCUCGAUUUGUGGAUGGCCCGCAAGAGCACAAGAAGCCUGGGCCCGGGGCGUACAACCCUCGAGAUCCGCUGCUGACAGCUGGCCCCAAGGUGAGCUUUGGUGGCGCCAGCGCGGGGCGCGGUCCGCCGCUGCCUGAGAACGCGCCUGGCCCUGGCGCCUACGAGCAGAGAAGUAGCCUGGGCAAGUCCAAGAUGUUCACGGCCCGAGGGCGAACUGCCGGCUCCUACAUGAGGAGCAGGUCUCAGCCCGGUCCUGGCGCCUACGAUCCCAAGGCGGGGGCGGUGCUCAUGGGAAUUCCAAAGUGCGGUUUUGGUACAUCAACCAGAACAGACAUCACGGGAGCAGCUCGAAGCCUCUUUGGCCCUGGUCCCGGCGCGUACGAUAUGCAACAUGCCAUGUCAGUGGGCAAGAACGGCCCGAAGUACUCUGCGACUUCUCGCCGACACGUGCACGACCUGGACAGCUAUGUCACGCCCGGCCCUGGCACCUACAACGCCCACACCACCAGCUUCAUGGUGGAAUAGCCGGUACCCCAUGCUUUCACCAGCAAGCUUGCGGAAGCAAAUUUCCGUGCAGCGCUUCACCAAGUGAGAGCGCUUUGGCAUAGAGGUGCGAGUGGGAUA